AUAUCAAUGGAUGUGAUUCUUCUUCAACACAACAACUAUGCAGAGCUAAGGGCAUGUUGAGUUGCUGUGUUCUUCUUCAUCUUCUAUUAAUUUACCAACCUCGAUGGCGGAUUUUAAUGCCGAUACGCCAACAUUUUCAAUCUCAACUAGGAUGGUGGUGUUUUCUGGCGUUGUUGAUGAUCCUUCCGAAGAUGAUUUCAGUUGCAGUAUCUGCCUUGAACCUUUCAACUCUCAGGAUCCUGCCAGUAUUACUAGUUGCAAGCAUGAUUACCAUCUACAGUGUGUUCUCGAAUGGGCUAAAAGAAGCAACGAGUGCCCAAUAUGUUCACGAUCACUUGUCAUGAAGGACCCUAUCAGCCAAGAACUACUGGUUUCAAUGAGGAAUGAAAGUUUCUCAAGAUCAAUUAAUCCCAGUGCUACGUCAACCAUUCAUGAGGAAGAUCUCGAGCAACAUCUAGCUGGUGGAGCAAACAGAGCUCAUUAUCUUCACGAAACGGAGAGGCGGAGACUUUCUGGGCAAGAAUUUGUAUCGUCCCCUGAAGAGAUUUUAGUUUUUGAUUCAUCAGACAGACGUUCACAUACUUCUAGUUCACUAUCUGAAGAUCAUUAUAGAUCUCCAUCAUCUGUGGCUUCUACCAAUGCAAUCACAACAUUUAGUCCUUACGCUGGUAGUGAACCAGUGAUGAAACCCAGAGUUCGUCAUUGGCAAGCACCUUCUGACAAUACACAAAGAACCAACACAUGUGACAUCUUCUCUUUCCCACAGUCUAUAAAAUCGAAAUUUUCUGCUACAUCAGCCAGAUACAAGGAAUCAUUUUCAAGGUGCACUCAAGGUCUUAAAGUGAAACUUAUUGCUCGCAAUAGCUCUUUGAAGGAGCUGAGCAAAGGAGUUCAGCGAGAGAUGAAUGCUGGGAUUGCAGGGGUUACUCGAAUGAUUGGGCGUCUCGAUCUUGUUGCAAGACGAAACUCUGCAUCAAGUACUGGUCGAGGUAUCACAGCCAGUGCAGCAAAUUUUUUCAAGGGAAUGCAUGUGAGAGAGAAUGUUAGUAUCGAAGCACCAGUUCUAGAAAAUGGAAACAAAGUGCAUGGUUCAAGUUCGAAUGCAACCUCAAGCAACUCCUGUACCAAGCCAGGAUCUGUAUAAGAUUCACGUGGCAUGGCCAGGAAAAACAUUAUCUCCAGGCAUUUUGAUUCAUUCAUCCGUCAAUUUGUACUUCAUCAGCCCAACAUGAGACUAGAGGCAUAUCUAAUGCAAGUAACGUAUGGGGAACAGCCAACACCUCUGUUGACUGGCGUCCUGCAGUGCCUUUUGCAUCCUGACACCAAACCUCACUGAAACAAGUAAGACUGAUGAUAAUACUUCUCAUAUUUUUCUCAUUAGUUUAGCUAAAAUGGUUCCAAAUAUUUAGUAAAAUGGACUAUUGUGGGACAGGUGAAUUUUGUUUCUUUAUUUACAAGAACUUACAAAUCAAGUACAAAUUGACAUGUUUUCUUUUCCAUUUGGAUUUUGUUCAUUUGACAUGAAAUAUUGAAUACAACCUUUAGA